UUUCAAGCAGCUCUUCUUACUUCAUGAGCAAAAUCAAUACGACACAACCUGCGUAUUGUCUAUGUAUACCUGAGAUCGAUGAAACCGAUCGUUCAUGUGUACAUUAAUUAUUUAUUUGUCACUGUGCAAAUCUUGGAAUUACUGGAAAAACGAAAAUUGCCUUCGUUAAAGUGUUGAUGCAAGUAUCUUAUCUGUGAGAACAUGUGGCGUUUCAGGAGGCAGCUAUAUUACCAGACGCUUGGCCAAUAGUAACGUGCGGCCAUAUAUGGAGACCCGACCCGAGGAGUCAGAUACUGUGUUAUGUCCGACAUUUUCGCAUAAUUUAUUCACCCUGUCGAUGAUAAUUUCGAAUCAUCUUAUAGUAUCUUUUCAUUACUGAAUAUACUUAAUUCAUAACAAUUUUCGAUAACAAAAUAAUGAAGGCUUCUAAAAUGGCUACGCCUGCGCUACGACUUUGAUUGAAAAAUAACAUGGCAUAAGUAAUUUGUCGAGAUUCACUACGCCAUCUUUUCUUGAAAGAGAUACAGAUUCAAGUGAGUGUUUAUAAAAAAAUAUUACAUCUGACGUAUAUCUUAUGUAACAAUGUGAUUUGACGAUACGACAAUCAGUCUGCUUUCUGGAUUUAAGCUCCAACCACAUAGCCAUGAAUCAAUGUUAGGAUGAAAUUGUUGAACAAUUAUUAUUCACCUGACUUUUUCUUAAUUAACCUUAAUUUACACCAUUUCAUUGAUUUCUGUUUCUGACGAGUCUCAUAGGAUUAUGUCAGCCAUUUUGGAUAGAGAAUGCCGGUGAAUUAUUUUCUUGGCGGAUUUAUGUGGAUAAUGUUAUUUGUUUCUGUGAAAAUACAUAUCUAGCUUGGAGUUUUACACCCUCCCUCCAUGUGGGUAGCAUCUAAAUGACAACUGGAGGAGGCCGUUUCGAUUUUGAUGAUGGGGGCACGUACAGCGGAGGAUGGGAGGAUGGAAAAGCUCACGGACACGGAGUUUGUACUGGUCCCAAGGGGAUGGGGGAGUACUCGGGAGCAUGGCAAUUUGGUUUCGAAAUUUCUGGAGUUUAUACAUGGCCAAGUGGAAAUGCGUUCAAAGGCCAGUGGUUUCAGGGCAAACGUCAUGGAUUAGGCGUUGAAACAAAAGGGAGAUGGAUUUAUAAAGGGGAAUGGACACAGGGGUUUAAAGGGCGUUAUGGCGUCCGUCAGUCGACGUCAUCAGGAGCCCGAUAUGAAGGGACAUGGACCACUGGAUUACAAUGUGGAUACGGAUGUGAAACAUAUGCUGACGGGGUUUGGUAUCAACAAGGCCUUGGGAAUGGUUAUGAAGACCAGGUGAACGGUGCUAGCAGUAGUACAUAUCAGGGACAAUGGUUAAGAGGAAUGAGACACGGCUAUGGUGUACGACAAAGUGUCCCCUAUGGCCUGGCCUCAUAUUAUCGUCCAAAAGCAUUACGAGCUUCAUUGACAUCCCUACGCAGCGAAAAUGAGGAUGAAAUGGUAGUUAAAAGUCGUGAUAAAAAACUUGACGAAAGUCGAGGGGGAUUUGUCCUCAAAGCUAAAAGUGAUGAAACUCCCCCAGCACGUCGAAAGUCAAUUUUUGAUAAACAGGGCCGCACUAGUUUACGAAAAACACUCAUGUCUGGAUUAAAACUCAAGAAACAAAAAAGCACCGGAGAUAUAAACGAUUCACCAAAACGUCAAACAGGUUCCGUACGGAGCACGAUCAGUAGUAUAAGUCAUGUUAGUGCCGAUUCAACACAAUCAGGGAUGACAAAUGCCUCCAUGUACACAGAUAGUAAUCUUUCUUUUGUUAGUCAAGAUGAUAUUACUGAUGUUAAUGUCACAGAAACGUAUAUGGGAGAGUGGAAAAAUGAUAAACGCUCUGGUUUUGGCGUAAGUGAACGAUCCGAUGGGCUACGAUACGAAGGAGAGUGGAUAAAUAAUAAAAAAUACGGUUACGGAGUGACUACGUUUAAAGAUGGCACCAGAGAAGAAGGGAAAUAUAAAAACAAUGUGUUAAUAUCGUCAGGAAAGAAAAAUAAAUUAUUUUUAAUUCGGACUUCCAAAUUACGUGAACGGGUAGACAAUGCAGUUUUAUCAGCUCAAAGAGCAGCACAAAUAGCACUACAAAAAGCUGACAUAGCUAUUACUAGAAUGGCUAAUGCUCGAGCAAAGUCAGAACAGGCAGAUCAAGCGGCACUGAAAGCAGACCAGGAUUCAGAUAUUGCCAGAAUUAAAGCAAAGGAAUAUGCACCGGAAUUCCACCAGCCAGGAACAGAUAUUAUAAAGAAAAAAAUGGAGGAAAAUGGCGGAGCAGGAAAUGAGGAAUACGAUUUCAGUCAUCUGAAAGGAAUGUCAAAUCACAAUCCUCAUGGUCGAUCACAGUCCAUGCUUGUUAGAAAAGGACACGUCGAUGAAGAUCACAUCGAUUCCACGCUAUCUGGAGGUCUACUUUCUUCGCCGGAAGACAGCCCUGUUCAUCAUCCACAUUCGGAACAAAAUCAUUUAAAUUCUUUGAGCCUUCUUUCUCCUAAUCCAUUGAGUACUAGCAGCAGUAGUAAAGAUAACAUAAACAUACCAAAUCAUUCACCGCGAAACCGUAGUCCAUCAUUGAAAAUUAGACGUUAUAGCUUUCUUGCCGGAUCCCGACGUGGUCGAGGAAUUAGUGAAAUUUUUAAUUCCACCAUUUUAAAUGAUCAUUUUGAUCAAUAUUCUGCUCAGAAAGACGACAGUGGAUUAGGCCGGGAUUUAUUAGACGAUAAAUACCGAGCCAAUCAUAUAGGAGAUCCUUCGCCAGAUUCUGGUGUGUCCGAAUCAAUGGACGAAGAUGCUAAAAAUAAAUCUCUGCAACGGAGAAGAACUAUGCCUUGCAUUGUAAAAGAAGAUGAUGACGCCAAACAAACUGUCCGUGAGAACCAUACUGCAGUCAGCAGUGAUAACAUUGCUGGAAAAAAUCCGGAAGCUUAUGUGAUAGAAAACGGUAUUAGGAAGCGAAUCAAAGGAAUUCAGAACAAAAUAAAUCCAAGUGCAUCACGAGGAAAUCUUCAAAAUGCGUACCUAAUAGAAAGCGAAAGACAGCUUAGAUCUGGAAAACAUGGCAGUCUUCCCGAUAUCCAUACUGUGCAGACGACAAAUGAAAUCAAACCUAUGUCCAGGGAAGAAGCUUAUCAACUUGGCACCGCACGUCGAGAUGAAUUACGUCGUCUUCAGGAAUUAGCUGAAAGACGAAGACAGGGUGAUGUAGGAGUGAUCCUUGGUGAUCUUAAGGACUUCGUGCAGCAUCGCCAAUUGUUGGUGUUAGUCAUCGCUUUAAAUCUAAGUUUAGCUACCAUGUUCUUUAACAUCAUGUCUUGAUGACCAUUUAACAUAGCUACCAUGGGAACCAACUACUGCCAUGUUCUUGCGGAAAUGACGUGGAAGCGGUGUUUACGGACCCGGAUGUGAACAAGGAAGACGACAAGUAAUGAUACCCCACUGACAAGACGAAGAUAGUUGUUAAGAUUGGGACAAUUUGUCUUUGGAAGUCAUAAGAGAAUUUUAUAAUCAUCAGAUACUUAAAUGCCAAUUCCAGUCUACCUAUCAGCAUCUUGUUUUUUGAUCUGGUACCAAACCAGAAGCACCAUUUUGUACAACAUGUCCUUAUAUCAUUCCCCUAACAAUGGAGUUGCGCCAAUGUUGAUUUUUGGAACCUCCAGUUUUUAGUCGAGGAUCAUGUUUUUUCAUUCCUAGGGGAUUCUGAGAUUUUAAUUGUGGUAUAAAUGGUUGAUGCGUGUUUGCGUCUCUGUUUGUAUUUAUUUAUAUUAGUUAAUUUAUUUUAGAACAGUGCCAGUUGAAUGUAAUUUUGUUUUCCACAAAAUGUGGUCUUUUUGUGAUUCACAUUUAUUUCUUGUUCAAUGAUAUAAUAGAUAUUUAUUACUUUUAUUUAUAAAUUUGUUGAGAAAGUAAGAAAAUUUACAAAGUAGUUAUGAAUGAAGUUAUGAAAGAUUUGAUCGGAUAUUUACAAAUACACAGAAUAUCAGUCACGUGACUUUGUUAAUAGGAAGAGCUUAAAUUGUUUGUUUCAUUUUUGUUGAGUUACACGUUUGAACGUCAUACAAUCAUGUGACCACUUACCAUGACGUCAUAAACAAAGGAAUUGACCAACUUGUUAGAAGGAUUCAGUGUGAAGUCCGUUAAGUCUUUCAGCUCUGUUUAAUAGUUGACCUUUGACCCGCGGUUGUAGAGGAAUGUUGUGUAUAAUACCAUUAUUUAUGAAAAUAAUAUACAUUACCUAUUUCCA